CCUCGUUCGUACCAACAAAAUUAUCACAUGCUAUAUUAUCUCUUUUAAUAAUAAAUACCAAGGGAAAACACACCGAUAAGAGUUAAUUAUUACCGUAUGAUGACCAGUUGGCCAACACGCACUUUGCAUAAGGAACAUUAAAUGCAACAGACAGAUAUCAAAGCAAAAAAUAGCACAGUGUGAUUGGUUUCAGAUUCUGUUGAACUGUUGCUGAAUAGUUUGUUCUAGAUCGUUCCCGAUAUCGCAAGUCAUAUUUUCAAGUGAUGGAAGCUUUAGAUAAAUUCAUGCUGUACACAAAAUACGUGCGUGGUAUUUGCUCAGUGAUUGGAUUGGAUAUACUGGAUCCCGACUACAGAAAAGGAUUGAAAACAUACUUCACAUUCUUUUUGAUGGCACUUUAUGUGGUGCUAACUGCCAAUUCACUUCUGUUGGCCAAAGGCAGCACGGAAAUUUUGAUGGCAUUAUCCUUUGGGGGAUUUUUCUUGCAAUGUUUGCUAAAGUUAAUUUUCACAUUGGCUAAACGGAAGCAAUAUCACGUCAAUCAUAAAAAUUUGAAAGAAUCCAUUUAUUUCAAAUACUUGAAAGGAUCUGAAGGAGAGCAAUGUGUUAUUUUGAAGAAUGUUUCCCAGCUGCUUAUGCUCGUGAAAAUUACUUCACUGCUGUACUUGUCGUCUAUUUUCCUUUUCUCAUUAUAUCCAGCCUACAUGUAUUUUUUCAGAGACAUUAAGGUAACAAUAUUUCCUCUUUUGGUCCCGGGUAUCGAUAUCUACUCGGCGUAUGGCUAUGGGUUCACCAAUUUCAUUCACAUGGUCAUUGGUGUUUAUGGAUUAUUUGGUGCUCUGUCGUCCGACACAGCUUUCAUGAUGUUUGUGUUUCAUAUUGUUUCAUACACUGACCUGCUCCAAAUUCAUUUCGUUACAUUUGCUGAAAAACUUAGUUCUAUUGAAAACAAAUACAAAACCAAGGAUUUCACAGCAUUUUGUCGGCAUGAAAUGAGAGAGUUGUAUAUUAGUCAUAGGGAAGUAAUUGACUUCCUCUCCUCACUGAAAAUGUGCUAUGAAAGUAUAUGCGUAGUUCAAGUGGCCACAUGCGUCAUAACAAUUUCGCUGAAUUUAUUUCUUGCUUUGAUGUCUGACUGGUACGCAACGUACGGAUUCCUCUUAGCAUCAUUGUUUCAGCUUUUCAUCUAUGCCGUUCUCGGAACCCUUAUUCAGCUGAUGAACGACCGAAUAAUCAAGCUGGUAUAUGAUGCACCGUGGCAUCUAUUGCCUAAUCCAGAACAGCGUUCAUUUCAUUUUCUACUGUACAAAACGCAAAGACCCAUCGAGAUAUCUGUAAGAGGCUUGGGUCCCUUGAAUGUGGAAACAUUCACCGAAAUCAUGCGGAUGAUUUAUUCUUCAUUUACCAUGUUGUACAGUUUCAUAGUUGAAUAAAAUGGUUGAGUGUUAUUUUAUUAUCUAUUUUAUUUUCUUGCCCAUCACAUCGGAAUUGAAGUUCGCAAGGAACAAGUACGAGCCCAAACGAGAAUGAUUUCGGAUGAUAAAAGCUCGAAUAACAAAAGGGUGAACUACAAAAAGUCGUAAGCACAAAAGAUUAAAUAACACAACAAAGAACCAAUGAGAUAUCUGCCGGGGACUAAGCAGGCAUCUUCAGUGUGUGAGUGUUGAUAAUCUUCUAUUUUUAGGUGACUGUGGUAACGACCACGGAGAAUCAAAUUAAAUCACACGCGCACUGCGAAGAAUAAUGAUCUAUCCUCGCGCGAUGUCGGAUAGAGACUGACUCUUUUGUCACGAUGCAUGUGGAAUGAUCGUGUGCAUGCGAGGGAAGCAAUGUUCGGAACGAUUAUAAUUAUAGCAUCUGCCACAUCCCCUUUUCCCUGGAAAAAGCAAGUCAAUUUGUAUUUCCAUUAUUCAAGAAGGUUUAGGAAAAAUCAAAUUAAUAAUUUAUACUCAUCUUCAAAAGUUUACAUUUGAGAUCACUUUUAGACGUACCUGUGAACAUUUAAGAUACCAAAUGAUGUCAAUACUAUUUAUAUUUCGUGCCUCCCCAUCGAUGGAAAUAUUAGUUUCAUACAGCUAAACAUCGUGAUGUUGUUGACUAGAUUCUAUGCUUACACAUGAUUUAUUCGCCAGUUAACAUAUGAGGCCAAAUUUACUCUUCCUUCUAUUCCAUUUCAACACAAAAGUAAACUUCUCUAGAUGCUUAGAAUAAUACGCAAUAUCAUAGCAAAUCAAUUGAUUUAAAAUUAAUACUAAAAUUCCAGCUAAAAUAAGGCUAAUCGUUUUUCAAACAUUUAGGGUACGAAAUUUCGUUCAUAUUUCUCUAAGAGACGAACCAGUUAAGGGCUGAAAGUCCCUAUAGUAAAAUA